CUAUGUUUUCAUUAAAAAUGUAUCCUGUGUCCUUACACUUGAUGUGCUACUGCCACCCAGUGGUGACUGGGAAAACUUCCAUACAUACAUACAUAAUAAAACCUUUGAGCUAUUGGGUUCAAAAUUUUCAGAAAACAAGUUAUAGCGUUUAUGAUUUAAAUUGUGGUUUGUUUGAAAACACAUGGCUAAAAUAAGCUCUGUUAACGAAAAAGAGUUUCAACAUUCUGUCAGUCGUCCAUUUGAAAGCAAUGUCUUGUGGUAAAGAGAAUAAGAAAACUAACAGUGAUUCUAAAUGCUUUUCUUUUAUCAUUUCAACUUGUGCUGAUUUUUUAAUUGAGCUAAAUGGAAUUCAGUCACCAUUCGUUUUGCCAGUUACACCCAUGGCCCAAAGCAGGUUUUGAGAAACACGUAAGUCCUAAAACUUAGCUUAUAGGGAGGGGGUUUCAUGGGUAAGUCCCCCCUGAAAACUUUUUUAAAUUCCUGAUCUAAAUUUGGGACAUUAGAGGAAUGUAGGUUGCAGAAAACUGCUGUCCCUUUUGUAUUUAUACCAUUGCAAGCCCCUGCAGCCUCUCACACUCCAUUUACCAGGUGACGUCAGUUUAGUCACUGAGAGUUCAGGGCUUAAGGCCUCAGGGGGCACAUUUGGAUUGUGCCGCUGACUUAACCCGCUUCCCCUUUCUAACCACAUGUAACGCUGUUUUGUGUUCAUCAUGGAAGACAUUCGGUACAAAUGGUUCCAUCCGAUUACCCAAACAAAUAUUUACUCGUAAAGUGCUCGACGACACUAAGAUAGACAUUUAUAUUGUCAUACAGACAUUAAAGGCAGGGUUGGUAAUCUUCUUCAACAAUAUUUUUGAUAUUUUGGGGGAAAUUCUCAUCACAUCCUGACAGUAAUCAAUGAAUCAAGAUUACCAACCCUAGCGUUAACAACUUUAAAGGUCACAUUGUAUUUAGGAUCAAAUGUACCCCUGUCUAGUCUAGCAAAUGGUAGAUGUUUCCAUUUGAUUGUGAAGUCUUAUACUUAUUUUACAACACACACACACACACACACACACACACACACUUAUUUAUUACAAAUAGCCAUAAUAUCUUCAUUGAUAUCUUCAACUGCACAAUACUGACUUAAUUAACAGUGCAAUAAUUUGUUCUGCUUUAUUCUGGCAUUAAUACUGCAUUUAGUUAUUGUGUCCAUUUAAUUAUUCCUAUUUAUUUAUUUACUUGUCUUGCAAUUUUACACACAUAAUCAUAUAUUCCAUUUUUAAGCAUUGUUAUUUGCACUCUUGUUAUAUAUUGUACUCGUAUACAUAAUUAUAGCCUUCACCUUAAAGGAGGGUGCUUCACUCAGAUGUGCGCGUUACUACAGACGGAGUUCACUUCGUCAUGAGGUGGGAGGGUGGAGGAAUUGGAAUUUGACAGGAGGGACACGACCAAGAAAAAGACAGGACUCUGUAUCCCAGCAUGCAUCGCGGCAGCACUCUCGACUUGAUCAUCUCAAUGACGGUAAGAGGGGAGGCCUGUUUGCAUCUAACGCUAUAGCCACAUUGAAAACUUCACCAUUGUGCACAUAGGCUAUAUUGUGGUACGUUCGUGUGCAUAUCAUGUAUUUGUUUACCGAUAUGUUUUGAUAUAUUGUCAGUAAAGCCAACACUAUUUAGUUGAGGUUGCCCCGUAGCUAGGUAACCAGCUGUCCAUCCCAGGCAAGCUGCUCCAAGACCAGCCUCCCGGUGUCCCGGUGUCCCGGGGGCUCGAAAGCUCAGAUGUUAGACUUGAUAGUUUGUGGUUUGAGGAGGUCGGGUGGCUAACAUUGCUAUACCGUUGAGAACCGUGAGGAGUCGGUUGGAUACCGUUGCUCCGUGAUUUAGUAAGCUACCGUUAGAAUAUAACAUUUUUAAAUUAACUAACUGCUAACUGACUGUUAACUUUGAACUGUGCAGACAUGCCCUCCUCUGCUAGCAUAACUAAGUUAGCGAGCCUGAAACGGUAACUAUAUAGCUGACUGAAUGUUGACAAGCUAAGUUAUAUAACAGUGAUGGUUUGCUAGCAUCUUCAAUUAUCAGCUCAGUUUGUGUCUGUCAUCUGUCGGAUGUUUAUCAUCAUGUCCUGCAAUCGGCUUUAAGUUAUUCUUAUCGAUGCACUGAAGCAAUGAGUGAUGUUGUAAGCGAAGCGAACGUUGUCUUGUGUUCAUGUAAGAUUAGACUCUCGGGUGGCUUUUGAUGUCUACACAGAUUACUGAAGCUCAAACUGAUAUAAUUUAGAAAAUUGCACGAGUUAGUGUUUCAUGCUGCUUUAACCUCACACCAGAAUGUGAAAAAUGAAAUAUGGCAUCAUUCUAUAAAGUUUAGGGGUUCUUUCAUUAAGUCUCAGCCAGUCACUGUUGCCAAUGAAUAUAAAAGUUAAUAAAAAUCCUCUCAUCGCUCUGUUUCUGGCCUUAUCCAGUGUUACAAUGGAGCCAUCGGGAAGUGCUACAAUAUCUUCAUCGAGCAACCACUCCCACUCAACAGGUGAUGGCUGUCCAUGGGAGGUCAGCGACAAAGCUAGACUACGCCGCUUCCUCUGUUAUGGCUCGGAGGGAGACGUAUACACCGCUAGAGAAGAGGGUCGUGUCAGCACGGAGAGCAGGAGGGCCGAGGUGCUGGAGGAGAUAAAAAGGUUCUCUCAGGAUGGGCGAGCCGUCAGACUCGACCCCUCUGUUUUUGCCUUGACUUUGUGCUCCCAGCACCCGGAGCUGAAGACCAGACAGGCAGCGUUCAAAGCCCUGAAGGAAGUUUGUCGGGACCCUGCCAGCCUGUUUUCUUUCAUCCAGAAAAAGAAGGAAUUGAAAGAGGGCAUGAAGUGUGGUAUUUGGGGACGAGCCCCGAGGAAAGCCGUGUCUGACUGGUACAAUGAGCAAGAUGCCAUGAGUCUGGCUGCGACUGUGACCAAAUGUAACCAGAGAGAGGGAUGGUCACAUCAGGAUCUAUUUAGGCUUUCUCACACUAAACCGGCUAAUGAAGCAAUUGCCUUGAUCAGCAAAUAUGUCACAAAAGGAUGGAAAGAAGUCCAGCUUACUUACUCUGACAAAGAGAACUCAGAAGAGGUGGUCAAAGUGCUUUCGUAUCUUGAAGUGGUGGAAAAGGUCAAGCACAGUUGUGAUGAAACGGAGGUCAUCAAUUUAAUAGAGGAGCACAAACUGGAGAGGGAACAGCUGCUGACAGACCACCUGAAGUCCAAACAGGUAUGGAGAGCUCUGUUGAAGGAAAUGCCUCUCCAAUCAGUGCUGAAGAUCUUGGGUAAGAUGACGUCAAACAAAAUUCUUGAACCAGGAAGUUCAGAAACGCAAGCCGUAUGUGAAAGAAUACAGAGCGAGACGGCACUAACGAAGGCAAAGAUCCACCAUUUCAACCUACUCUUGUCUUCUGAAAACUACAAAAGACGCCAAGGCUAUCUGGGUAAAAAACCAGACAGCAGCAUCCUCAAAGCAAUGGACUCUGCCUUUUACAAGAGUUUUAUGAAUGUGGAGCCUGUGGGUAAACGCUUCGUAGUGGCAGUAGACGUAAGUGCGUCGCUGAGCAGCAUUGUCCCAGGGACGUCGGUCAGCACUGUUGUUGCCGCUGCAGCUAUUACCAUGGUUUUCGCAAGGACAGAAGCAGACUAUCAUGUGCUGGCCUACUCUGAAGGGGCUUUGGUUCCCUGCUCUGUCUCUGCUGACAUGACUCCACAAGUAGCAUUUGAACUGGUUAAGAUCCCGGGUGGGAGCACAGACUGCACCCUUCCCAUCACGUGGGCCACAGAGAAUGGGAAAGCUGUAGAUGUGUUCAUCAUUCUGACCAACAACCCAUUGUGGAUGUUCACUGCCAGCCCAGUGGAGUCUCUAAAGAAGCAUAGACAAAAAUCAGGAGCCAGUUUCAAGUUGGUGAUGUGUGGGCUGACUUCCAUCGGCCAUGCCAUUGCAGACACGCAGGACAGGGGUUUGAUGAGCAUCUGUGGCUUCGAUCUUGGAGCUUUGAGUGUCAUUCGUAACCUAGCCCUUGAUCUGAUCUGAUUACGUAUGUGAUCUGUCUCCUAAUCGUGUCAUUGGAGCACAAAAGGAAGGCACACGGUGUACCAGCGUGGCUCACUUAGCAUUAGAGUGCCCUAAAACAGCACUAACCCAAAUAAUGUUUGACGUUGACAUUUACAAUUCCAAUUUCCCUUUUUGUAUCGUGUAACUUACGAGUCAAUUGACAAAGUUUCCAGCUGGCUGGACAACACUGGAAAUGUUAUGUGUGUAUAUUUUAUCCUGAAAUUUGAAAAGGAAGUGAUGAGAUAUUUAAGUUUAGGUGCAAACAGCACCGUAUGUUGAGUGCUUUGAUGAUUCUUGGUGAGACACUUAUCCAUUGAACAGUAACGUCCACUCAUGUAUAGCAAGAUGUUGGCAGAUUUAAUAAGAGGAACAAUGUAAGAGUUGGAAUGUUUGAGGCUUAGUGCAACUGUAGGUUUAUUUUAUUUGAAUUUGCUGCUGUUUCUUAUCUAUGGUAGGAUUUUAGCAGGUUGGUAGAGGCAUUUUAAAUGUGAAAGCCUGUCCCUCAUUCCUAUGUAGCAUUAGUAUAAAGGAUGAACAAAUAUACUGUAAAACAGAGGAGUUGAAACAAAGUCAAAUCACUGCAAUGUAUUCGUUUGACAUUUCAAAAAAUAAUUAGAUUAAUUUGCUCAGAAAAUAUUUUUAAUAGUAAUAUUCAUGUCUAGAAAUCCAUUUACACAACUCUUGUCUUUAGCCUUGGUACAGUUUUUGGUUGUAUUUACAUUUUAUUUUCGACUUUAUUUUAAAACUGAGUUGUCUGUUCUGCCCUUGUCGAAUGUAUCCUAUAAAAGAAUAUCCUUGGUGCUCUUAAAUGUGAUUGUACAAUUUGGAAAGGGACUAUUUAAAUGUUCCUUUGUGAGACAACAAUGCCAAUGUUUGGGUCUUUAAGUCCAUUUACUGUAAUUUUGAGAAAGAAUUCUGUGCAUCAACAUUUUGAUUUCACUGUAUUGUUCUCUCCAGAGACGACCAUGUUAUUUAACAACUGUUUACCGAGACUGAAUCCGCUAGCACAGUGAUAUUUCCCUCGUUUUUAUGUAAUAAUGUUCGUUAUGCAAAAACUAAGAGAUAACUGCUACCUUCCCGGGAAUAAAAUAAAAUGAAUGUACUUUUGUAAAACA